AUGAUCAUGGCAGAACAAAGUCAAGUUUGGAUCGGCUCUGCAGAUUCUGUCAUUUAUUUGAUCAACACCCACAGCAUGUCUUGCAAUAAGCAACUGAACGACCAUCGCUUUGAAAUUGUGGACAUCGUGGUGGAUAACAGAGAGAGCCUCCCCAGCGAGGCGUAUUCCUGCAGCGUGGACGGCACAGUCAUUGCUUGGAACAUCAGCACUUUGAAAGUGAACCGCCGAUUCCAGCUGCCCUACGAAACGGUGACUUCGAUUCAGUUCUACAAGAACCGACUUUGGUGCUGUAUACAAGACCACAUCGUUGUGGUCACCACAAACGGGCUGGUUCGCCAACAGCUGAAGCUGCAGAACGUGCCCAGCGGACUCCCGACGCCUUUGCUCUGCUUCCAGUUGUUUCCCGAGCGGGAUGAAGCGUGGGCUUCGUGGUCCGGCAGCAGCGAGCUCUUGAUCUGGAAGAUGGAGGAUUUCUCAACCCCCUUGCAGAAGCUGAGCCUGUCGGACUGUUCAGAAAUCACCUGCGUGAUCAAAGUGAAAAACCAGAUGUGGGUCGGCGGCCGAGGACUCUCCCAAGGGAAGGUCAAAGGGAAGGUCUACGUGGUGGAUAUGGAAAGGAAACUGGUGGAAAAAGAGCUGGUUGGACACCCGGAUGUCGUGAAGUCCUUGUGCUCUGCAGAGGAUCGAUACGUCCUGAGUGGAGGCGGAAAGGAAGAAGGGAAGAUUGCGAUCUGGAAGGUGGAAGAGAGUCUGGGCUUCCAGUUCGUUUAACGAAUCAUUUAAAAAACCUGAAUAUAGAAGCUAAUGUUUCUUUUAA